AUGGUCAAAGGCAAUGCCCAGCCCGGCAUCUACAGUGCCACCUACAGUGGUAUCCCCGUUUACGAGUUCCAAUUCGGAGACGACCUCAAAGAACAUGUCAUGAGAAGGCGGCAGGAUGACUGGAUCAAUGCGACACAUAUUCUAAAGGCCGCCGGCUUCGAUAAGCCCGCCCGAACACGUAUCCUCGAACGAGAGGUCCAGAAAGAAAAGCACGAGAAGAUUCAGGGCGGCUACGGAAAAUACCAGGGCACAUGGAUUCCCCUCGACAAAGGCGUCGCACUCGCCCAGCGCAACAACGUGUACGAUCGCCUACGUUCCAUCUUCGAAUACGUCCCGGGCAACCAGAGCCCUCCCCCGGCCCCGCGACAUACCAGCAAACCCAAGGCACCAAAGAAGCCUGCCGUUCCAAAAUGGCCCAGUACGAAGUUCCAGCCGCAGCCCACACCCCAACCCGCUGCCAACACCUCUAUGCAAGCCGCACCGCAGCCGGAAGAAUUCGAGACUAUCGACGGCCUGAUGAAUGACGAUGAUACCCCAGACAACCUGACCGUUGCCUCAGCCUCGUACAUGGGAGAGGACGACCGCUUCGACAUGUCCCAUCAUUCGACCGGUCACAGGAAGAGGAAGAGGGAAGAGGCCAUUCAGGAUAUGACACAACAGCAGCAUUCGGUGUACGGAGACGAGCUCUUGGACUACUUCCUUCUCUCUAGAAACGAGAAGCCAGCAUACCGCCCCGAGCCGCCGCCAAACUUCCAACCGAAUUGGAUUAUCGACUCGGAGGAGCACACCGCCAUACACUGGGCGUCGGCCAUGGGAGACGUGGACGUGAUCAAGCAGCUCCGCCGCUUUGGCGCCAAUCUGUCAGUACAGAACGUCAGGGGUGAAACUCCCUUCAUGCGCUCCGUACACUUCACGAAUUGCUACGAGAAGCAAACCUUCCCCGCGGUGAUGAAGGAGCUGUUUGACACCGUCGACGCCCGGGACCACUCAGGGAGCACAGUGAUCCACCACGCUGCGGUGAUGAAGAAUGGCAGAGUAGUCAGCCACUCAUGUUCAAGAUACUACCUCGACAACAUCCUCAACAAGCUCCAAGAAACACACGAACCAGCCUACGUACAACAACUCAUUGACGCCCAGGAUAAUGAGGGUAACACCGCCCUUCACUUGGCAGCGCAACGGAACGCCAGGAAAUGCAUCAGGGCGCUCCUCGGCCGCCAGGCCUCCACCAACAUCCCCAACCACGAGGGCGUACGAGCAGAGGACCUCAUCGCCCAGCUUAACGCCACCAAGAAGGAACGCGGCCCCCAGCGGUCGUCAUCCCCCUUCGCCCCAGACUCCCAACGGCACGUCUCGUUCAGAGAUGCUAUGCCCGAAAGAACAACGACCAGCAAGAAACUCACCCUCUCCUCUUUCGACUCGGAAGCCGCCAACACGGUACAAUCGCGCAUCACUCCGCUCAUUAUGGAAAAGUUCCAAGAGCUCGCCGGUAGCUACGACGAAGAGAUCCGCGAGAAGGACCAGGCCGAGAAGGCAGCACGCCGCCUCCUGUCCAAUACGCAAGCAGAACUCGCCGCCGUGCGCCAGCAAAUCGCCGAGCUCGAAUCCCAGCUCGAGGCGGACGAUGGCGCCCAGAAGAUCAUGAGCGACGCGAACCUCGCCAAGCACCAGGUCAUGUCCCUCAUCACCCACCAGAACCGCCUCCACGUACAGCAGGCCGUCGACCAGGAGAUCAACAUGCUCAACGGCGACGUCGACGAGGCCACCUACGACGACCGCCUGUCGCUCGCGCGCCAGCUGCAGGCCAUGCUCUCGGAGCAGCGGCAGUCCGAGAGCGACUACGUCGAGGCCCUCAGCAUGGUCGGCACGGGCGAGAACAUUGACAAGUACCGCCGCCUGCUCCGCAAGUGCCUCGACGCCGCCGACACGGAGAACCUCGACGCCAACCUGGAUAACCUGCUCACCGUACUGGAAGAGGAUCGCGACCUCCCCGGCGACGGGUCCUCUGGCUCCGAGCCCAUGGACGUGGGGAUGAGCAUGGGCAUCGGCAUCGGCGGAGUGUAG